AUGGUUAUUGAGACAGUCUAUAAUGCUUUGAGGCAUGAAAUCCAGACUUCUUUGGAUUCUGCUGCUGGAGGUAACUUUAUGAUGAAAACACUAACCCAAGCCAAGAAAAUUCUUGAUGACAUGGCCUCAAAUUACCACUUGCGAGAACAAUCAACUCCAAAGCGAGGUGGUAGGUAUAAAGUGGAUGCUAUUGUUGCUUUGACUAAUAAUGUACAGGCUUUGACAAGGAAGGUUGAGCAAUUGGAUGUAGCUGCAGUAAAUAAAGUCUGUGGUGCUUGUGGCUUAAAUGGGCAUUCUAGUGUUGAUUGCCAACUUCAAGCCGAAGGGGCUACUGUUGUGGAACAAGUCAACGCCAUCCAAAAUCAGAAUGCCAGACAACAAUACAACCCCUAUUCGAACACCUUCAACCCAGGAUGGAGGGAUCAUCCAAAUUUUUCCUACAGAAACAACAAUGCCCAGAAUCCCUCAUCCUCGUACAACAUACCAUCGGGUUUCCAACAAAGACCUCCCUUCCCACCUCAACAACAACAUCCACCGAAGUCCAACCUUGAGAGCUUGAUGGAGAACUUCAUUGCUACCCAAAGCAAGCAAAAUGAACACUUCAGCACCUCCAUUAAUCAGAUUUUAGCUCACAACAAAAUGAUCAAUACUCAGAUGGCUCAGAUGGCACAACAAUUGAGUAACUUGUCCAUGCAAAAGGGGCAACUUCCGGGAAACACAGAAAAGAACCCAACCACAUCUCUCCAUCAGCAACUCAAUGCAGUAACUACGAGGAGUGGUAGGACACCUUAUGAUCCAACCCCUAAAGUAAAGACCCCACCUAUUGUUGUUCCAGAUGCAGGAACUAAUGAUGAUGUUUCUGAAGAAAAGAAGGAUGAGCCAGUCAAUUCAGACAAGCCCACAAUUGACGGUCGAACUUACACACCACCAGUGCUGUUUUCUUCUAGAUUGGCACAGGCGAAGCUUGAGCAUAAAUAUGGAAAAUUUCUUCAAGUUUUGAGCAAGCUACAGAUCAACAUCCCCUUCUUAGAAGCCAUUAAAGAAAUGCCCUCUUAUGCUAAAUUUCUCAAGGACAUCAUUUCUAACAAACGCAAGCUAGAGGAGAGUGUGGCGGAAACUUUGAAUGGGCAAUGUAGUGCUAUUUUGGGAUGCAAGGUUCCUAAGAAACAAGCUGAUCCUGGUAAUUUUACUAUCCCGCUGAAGUUGGGGAAAGAUGUGUCUGCCGUAGCCCUUGCUGAUUUAGGGGCUAGUGUGAGUGUGAUGCCCUUGACAUUAUGCAAAAAGAUCAAUGCCGAGAUGAAAGCCAUUCGAAUGUCCAUACAAUUAGCCGAUCGAUCUGUGAGAUACCCAGUUGCUAUUCUUGAGGAUUUCCCCAUCCAAGUUGGUAAUUACUUCGUACCCUGCAAUUUUGUCAUCAUGAAUAUGGAAGAGGAUGCCUUCAUUCUGGUGAUUUUGGUUCAUGAUUUUUUAAAGACUACAGCAGCCAUUUUUGAUGUGAAGAAUAAGAAGUUAUAA